CAUCACAUGCACCGCUGCUACGUACUUAUCUCCCUCGAAUAAACCAACGCUCAUUGCAUAUGCUCUUACAUCACCAACUCAAAUGUUCUAGAGCCCACAAUCCAUCCCAUUCUGUCUAUAAAGAUAGGGAAAACCAAUCAAGCACACAGCAAAUUAAGUAAAACCCCAAAAUCACACUCUACUCAUUUCAUUAGUAGCCAAUAUGGUUUUCCAAACAAACAAUAUUCCUCACUUCAUCUUGUUUCCCCUAAUUGCCCAAGGCCACAUGAUCCCCAUGAUGGACAUUGCAAGACUCUUGGCACAACGUGGUGUGAUUGUCACCAUAUUCACCACCCCAAAAAAUGCAUCACGUUUCAAUUCAGUUCUUUCUCGUGCUGUUUCAUCCGGUCUCCAAAUCCGGGUAGCACAACUCCAUUUUCCAUCAAAAGAAGCAGGGCUACCUGAAGGGUGUGAGAAUUUUGACAUGGUGACUUCAUUCGACAUGAUUAUCAAAAUCUUCCAUGGAAUUAACAUGCUUCAAAAGCCAGCAGAGGAACUGUUUGAAGCACUAACACCCAAACCAAGUUGCAUAAUCUCUGACUUCUGCAUUCCUUGGACUGCACAAGUAGCUGAGAAGUAUCACAUUCCAAGGAUUUCAUUCCAUGGAUUUUCUUGCUUCUGCCUACAUAGCUUGUACACGAUUCACACUUCAAAGAUUUGUGAAAGCAUCACUUCAGAAUCUGAGUACUUCACUGUUCCUGACAUACCUGACCAAAUUCAAGUUACCAAAGCUCAGAUACCUGGAUUACUCUCAGCCUCAGAUGAAAUGAAGGACUUUAGCAUGCAAAUGUAUGAUGCUGAAACGAGGUCAUAUGGGACAAUCAUAAACACUUUUGAAGAGUUGGAAAAAGCAUAUGUGAGGGAUUACAAGAAAGUGAGAAAUGAUAAGGUGUGGUGCAUCGGCCCAGUUUCACUCUGCAACAAAGAUGGCAUGGACAAGGCUCAAAGAGGCAACAUGGCCUCAAUUAAUGAACACUAUUGCUUGAAGUGGCUAGAUUUGCACCAGUCCAAGUCUGUGGUCUAUGUUUGUUUUGGAAGCAUGUGCAAUUUACUUCCUUCACAACUUGUCGAGCUUGCUUUGGCCUUGGAAGAUACAAAAAGACCAUUUAUAUGGGUUAUUAGGGAGGGAAAUAAGUUGCAAGAGUUGGAAAAGUGGAUCAGUGAUGAAGGGUUUGAGGAAAGGAUCAAAGGGAGAGGCCUUAUAAUUAGAGGUUGGGCUCCACAAGUACUAAUAUUAUCACACCCUGCUAUUGGAGGGUUCUUAACGCAUUGUGGUUGGAACUCAACACUUGAAGGGAUUAGUGCAGGAGUGCCAAUGAUUACAUGGCCUCUAUUUGCUGAUCAAUUUUUUAAUGGGAAGCUUGUUACUCAAGUGUUGAAGACUGGUGUGAGCCUUGGAGUCGAGGUUCCAUUGAAAUGGGGAAAGGAAGAGAAGAUAGGUGUGUUGGUCAAAAAGGAAGAUAUUAAGAGGGCAAUAUGCAUGGCUAUGGAUGAUGGAGAAGAAAGUAAAGAGAGGAGAGAAAGGGCCAGUGAACACAGUGAGAUGGCAAAGAAAGCGGUUGAAAAAGGGGGGUCUUCUCAUCUCAACAUGACGUUGCUUAUUCAAGACAUUAUGCAACAAUCAAAUAAUAACGAUGAGGAUGUAAAUUUGACCCCUAAAGAGUUGCAAUUUACAUGUACUGCUUGAUUUGUUUUUCACUACAGUUUACUUUUACAAUUUGGAUAUCCAUACUGAAAGCAUGAAUGCUUUCUUUUAAUGGGCCAGUGAAUACUUUUACAAUUUGGAUAUACUUCUUUCUGAAGUGACCCAGUAAAGAAAGAUAACAGGACAUUUUAGAUUCCAAGCACCGUCAUUCUUUGGAUCGUGUAUGGGACCUUCAACCUAAUGAUUAUAUAUAUAUAUAUUGAGUCGCAUGUGCAUCACUUUUACUCUCUAUAUUCCCUGUUGUUUUUUUAACUUCAUGUUUGUUUGAUGUUUUUAUGAUUAACGCCGCCUAUGAAGUAAUUAAUUGAAAAAUAGUAUGUUUGGGAUGUGAUUAGUGAUAAUGUUGUUGGUACAAGAGAUUGUGAUUUUGCAAUCGUUGACAUUAGGGAAUUUUGCUCUGAAACGUAAAUUUAUCACUAAUUCGAGCCCUUGAACUGUUGUAAGUUGUUUUGGUUGCUUUGCUUGUUUUGACUAAUCACAUCUUACAGUGAUGUCAAGUGGUGUGAAUGAAAAUGAAAAGGAGUGUACCGAUGAACACUUCAUAUAAUUUGAGCCAUACAUAUUUGUUUAAAUUUUUUUAUUUACGAGAUUUGAAGUUGUGAGAGAUAAAUUAGUAUUCAUGAUAAUCUAAAGGACUCAGUAGAAGUUGGAAUUAAAAAUAAUUAACGGUACUUUUCGAAUUUAAGUUUGGAUUAUACUUUACCUUAACUUACCAAACCUGAUAUACAUAACAAAGAUUUUGAAAAAAGCUGGUAUAAAUUAUAAGAUUUAUUAAUUUGAUUAAAAAAUACAAAAUAUGAAAUAUCUCGUAAUUUUGGUUUCGGUACUAAUAUGAAAUAUCAUGAAUAAUAAUAUGUAAACAACCUAAUUUUUGUUAUAUAUUAUUACUUUCAUUUUUUAUAUUUUAGUAAUUUUUUGGAUGCCAAAACAUAUAAAAUACAAAUAUAAUAAUUUGGAGGUACUCAUUAAUUAACCAGAGUUGUGAAAAUGGAAUUGAGUACUUUAGUCUGAUAAGUAUUAAAAAUAUUAGGUAGAAAGUCUUAAAGUUUUGAUGAAUAACAUAACAUAAUAUACAUAAUUCAUAUUUUACAUUGAAGUAAAUUGCUAAUGAGGACGACUUAGAAUUGAUUAGUGUCACGUCCAUUCUAUGAAGCCCUGCAAUGUCGAGUACCCAUAUAAAAUGACAAGUGCAAUCACUAAUCAAAUGUUCAAUCAGUGUCAAACCCGUAAUUAACAUGCUAAUGAGUCAGACUCUCAUAAACUUGACAUAUAUGACUUUUUGCUUUCUAUCGGAUUCACUUUUUAGUAUAAAGCACGCAGUUGCGUAAUUUCUUUGACAUGUGCUUCUGUUUAUGAAUUAUUGUUGAACUCUAUC